GCAAGGGCAUUCUGGGAUUACGGGGUCCCCCAAACUGUCAUGGCGUCGUAGAAAGAUGGCGACUACCAUUCAGCAGGCUUUUCUAGACGUACCAACCUUUUAAAUUCGAAGAAUUCGAGACAUAGUGACAAACGCGGGACAGAAGGACGACUGUGGACGGUGUCAGGGGCUGUAGGUUUUCAGGCAGUUUCUCGUCUUCAGACAAAGCUGAUCUAAUGGAGUGUGCAGUGGACACUCAGCCAGGUGGGGAUGAGGCAGCAGAGAGAGAACACACUCUGGAGGAAAUGUCUGCAAAGGAAGGAAGUGAAACUCCCCACAAGAAGAACAAGAAGCACAAAAAACACAAAAGUAAAAAGAAGAAAAAGAAACGCGGCAAGGGAGAGCGGGAGACCAGCUCAGAGUCAGCCCCGGAGUCUGACGCAGAGAAGCCGCCAGUCAGAACUAGAGCCGGCUUGAGAAGUGCUGGCCCUGUGUCCUCUGAUGCAGCAACAGACACAAAAGUGGAGGCAACAAAGGACUUGACUGCAGAUAAACCUGAAGUAGAUGUUGAUGCUAAGGCCAGAAAACACAAAAGACAUGCUGGGAAAAAGAAGAAGAAAAGAAAGAGAAAAGGAGAAGAAAAGCAGGAGAAAAACUCUCCUUCACACUCCCCGUCAGAGAGUGACUCUAUGUCGGGGACAGAUUCGGAGUCUGAGGGCAAGCCAGCUGGCACAGUUGUUCAAGCUGUUCCCUUGCUGUCUAAGAAUAAGCAAGAGGAGAGGGUGCCCUCCUUACAUGCAAGUCUGGGACAUAAAGAGGCACCACUUAAAGUGGCGCAUCAACCUUCAAAUGUGGAGUCUACAAAUGCAGGAGGGAAGGCAGAAGAGAAGACAUCUGCUGUUGACAGGGAGGGCCAAACUAUCUCUGUCUUGAAGGCAGAAGAUCCACGAAGCGAAAGAAGCUUCAGCCAUGCUCAGGAGCUUCCUGACAUAAUCCCCAAGCAGGGUGGUCAGAGGGAUGAGACUAGAAGUUUAGGGCUUGGGGCGGAUGGACAGGAAGAGAUUGACACAGUACAGAAGUCAAAAGUGAAGAACAAAGCCCCAUCCAGGUCAAGGUCACGGUCACUGACAGACACUAAAAGAGCCAGAUCGAGUCUUAGUCGUUCGCCAAGUCCCAAACGGCCCAAAACAAGCCGCAGUUGUUCAAAAAGCCCCAAUCAAUUAUCUGGUCAGGCUGUGUCUGGCAGCGGUAGGUCUCGAUCUCACUCAAAAAGCAUGACUCCGAAGAGAAAGCAGUCCUCAUCACCUAAAAGGACAGGAUGUGAGUCUCCGUCUACAUCCCCCAGGAAAGGACGCAAGUCCUCCUCUCAGUCCCCGAGGAGUGGACAAAAGUCUACCUCUCAGUCCCCGAGGACGGGGCGCAAGUCCCCUUCACUUUCUCCGAAGAGGGGGCGCAAGUCCCCUUCACUUUCUCCGAAGAGGGGGCGCAAGUCCCCUUCACUUUCUCCGAAGAGGGGGCGCAAGUCCCCUUCCCUGUCUCCCAAGAGGGGGCGCAAGUCCCCUUCCCUGUCUCCCAAGAGGGGGCGCAAGUCCCCUUCCCUGUCUCCCAAGAGGGGGCGCAAGUCCCCUUCCCUGUCUCCCAAGAGGGGGCGCAAGUCCCCUUCCCUGUCUCCCAAGAGGGGGCGCAAGUCCCCUUCCCUGUCUCCCAAGAGGGGGCGCAAGUCCCCUUCCCUGUCUCCCAAGAGGGGGCGCAAGUCCCCUUCCCUGUCUCCCAAGAGGGGGCGCAAGUCCCCUUCCCUGUCUCCCAAGAGGGGGCGCAAGUCCCCUUCCCUGUCUCCCAAGAGGGGGCGCAAGUCCCCUUCCCUGUCCCCCAAGAGGGGGCGCAAGUCCCCUUCCCUGUCCCCCAAGAGGGGGCGCAAGUCCCCUUCUCUGUCCCCCAAGAGGGGGCGCAGGACCCCUUCCCUGACUCCCAGGCGGGGGCGCAGGUCCCCUUCUCUGUCCCCCAGGCGAAAACGCAGGUCCCCUUCCCUGUCCCCCAGGCGAAAACGCAGGUCCCCUUCCCUGUCCCCCAGGCGAAAACGCAGGUCCCCUUCCCUGUCCCCCAGGCGAAAACGCAGGUCCCCUUCCCUGUCCCCCAGGCGAAAACGCAGGUCCCCUUCCCUGUCCCCCAGGCGAAAGCGCAGGUCCCCUUCCCUGUCCCCCAGGCGAAAGCGCAGGUCCCCUUCCCUGUCCCCCAGGCGAAAGCGCAGGUCCCCUUCCCUGUCCCCCAGGAGAGGCCGCAAGUCAUCCCCUUUGUCACCCAGGAGAGGCCGCAAGUCAUCCCCUAUUUCUUCAAGGCGAGGACGCAAGUCUCUGUCUAAAUCCCCUUGGAGAGGACGCAAACUGUCUCCAUCCCCCAGACGAGGGCGGCGGUCUGAGUCAAGGCCUCGUGGCCGUGUCAGGAGGUCAAGAACCAGAACCCCCCCACCUCGUCGUAGGCGCUCAAGGUCCCACUCGCCUGUGAGGCUGACACGCCGCUCACGCUCCAGAUCUAGGCGGCCCCGUCGCUCUCGGUCCCCAAGAAGAGGCAGACGCUCCAAGAGCCGUUCCUUAUCUCGCAGGAAGAGGACCCCUCCCAGGACGCGACGAUCCCGGACUCCGGUCCGAAGAGGCAGGAGGACUCGCUCCCGCUCUGUGGUGAUCCUGAAGAGGAAAGGGAAAAGCUCACGGUCCAAAUCCCCACGGACCAAAAACAACAAAUCCCGCUCUAGAAGCUCCAGGAAAUCCAGGUCACCCGUUCAGAAGCGUUCUACAUCAUUGAAGCGGAGUAAGACUAAGUCCCAAUCUCCAGGAGGCAGCAAACCAUCAACAUCACGAUCUCCAUCGCCACGUAACAGGUCCAAGUCUCAUACUCCCAAACCCCAGAAAAUAACCAAGCGUUCAGUCUCACAGUCACCUGUCAGAGACAAAUCCAGGUCUGUCUCAAGUGACAGACCAUCGGACAGCGCUUCCCCAGAACGCUCAAGAUCCAGGUCUACUGCCAAAGAUCAAAAGUCUCCACAAAUAGCUGACAAACCUAUUUUAGACAAGACUGUGAAUGAUGAAGCACCUACCAAGGAAGUUGAGGAAGCUGCAGCAGGGCCAUGGAAGCCCUUGCCUUGGGCUGCGGCCUCCAGUUCUAUCACAAAGAGCAAGCCCGGGACUGGGCAGGCUGAAGAGAGCAGCUCUGAGGUUCAAUCUGAAGACCAUGACUCUACCGUAGAAGAGCCAAAGGGGAUAGGAAGCCCGACAAGCUCUUCUGAAGAUGAGCCAGAUGAACGUGCUACCUCCAGGUCAGUUUCACCAGAUGCUGUUCAAGCUGAUGGUCACUCCAGGUCCUCACCAUCUAAUUCCCCUAUCAAGAAAACAUCCUCAAAGCUACGGCAGUCCUCAACCUCAGCGUCACCAGCUAGAAAGUCACCAGCUGGCCGGAAAAUGUCCACCUCUCCCUUACGGAGGCGCUCCCGGUCUAAGUCUACCUCUCCUGCUCAGUCAAAGUCUGCUUCCAGAAGGAGACGCUCCAAGUCCCCAGUCAAGAAAAGGAAGUCAGUCUCUCCACCGGCUAGGCGGAAGAAGAGGUCCAAGUCCAAAAGUCCUGCUCGCCGCUGGAGAUCACGCUCUAAGUCACCAACACGGCGCAGGAAGUCACGGUCUAAGUCCAGAGCCAGAACCAAGCGCUCCAAGUCCCGCUCCCCAGCCAGAAGGAAGAGGUCCAAGUCCACAGACAGGAGCAAACGCUCCAAAUCUCGUUCUCUAGGUCGGAGGAGGAGGUCCCGCUCUGGGUCACGGCGACGCCGACCCAUCAUUCGGAACCGCUCUUUUGACCGUCGUGACCGAUGGAAACGAGAACCAAGUCACUCGCCCAUCCUUAUCCUCCGCAAGCGCCGGUCAACAUCUCGAACCCGCCGCAGUGCCAGCAAGACCCCUCCUCGUCUCACUGAGCUGGACAAAGACCAGCUCCUGGAGAUAGCGAAGGCCAAUGCCGCAGCUAUGUGUGCUAAAGCAGGUGUGCCCAUCCCAGAGAGUCUGAGACCCAAGGCCAUCCUCCAGCUUCCCCUUCCCACCCCCGUCCCAACACCUUUGAAUCUGCCUCUGCCUCUGCCUCUCAACAUGCCUGGCAUGGGCAUGCCAAACAUGCCCAACAUGAAUAUGCCCAACAUGAAUAUGCCCAACAUGAAUAUGCCCAACAUGAAUAUGCCCAACAUGAAUAUGCCCAACAUGAAUAUGGCCAUGAGUGCUGCCAUGGCCAGUAUGACGGCUGCUACCAUGACUGCAGCCCUCACCAACAUGGCCCAGAUGUCAAACAUGCCCCAGAUGGCGCCGCUCCCCACGAUCACCAACAAGCCCCCUCCUAGCCAGGCCCCCCAAACAACCCUCGCCCCACUCAACCUUGACCACAUAGAGGAGGUGAAAAGAAAGGUCACUCAACAGGCCAACAUCUACAGUAUCAAAGAGCUUACUGAGAAAUGUAAGAUGAUAGCAGCGAGUAAGGAGGAGAUGGCCGUAGCUAAGCCCCAUGUGUCUGAUGACGAGGAUGAGGACAGGAAGCCUCGUGGCAAGAGCUUUCUUUAGUUAACUUUCUUUGGUGCGCAUCACAACUGUGGAAGAAAACUCCCCAUGGAAACCAUCACCAGACCGACAAGUGUGGGUUGUUGUGGUUACAGAGCAGGAGCACUGUCUGAUACUGCCAUCCCCUUUUCCCCUGGACAAUCAUUCCUUCCCCAAGCCCCUCCAUCCAUGCUCUAGCUGUUUGGGGCUGUGUUUGAUACAUCGCUGAUCCUGUGUCCCACUUGAAAGACUGGUGUCAGUGUUCCUAUGUCCCAAUGGAGUGUAUACAGUGUGGUUGAUCCUAGUUUCUACUUCUUGCUGAGAACACACUGAACAAUGACUGAAGAGAAAUAACACGUUUUUUGAUCCUUUCUAAUGUACAAUGUUUUUUUUUUAUUAUUUUGUGUUCAGUGAUUACAUUUCCAGCUCACGGUUCCUUUAGUAAUUUUAACAUGUGAUUGAGUGAAAUGCUAGGACUGCCCUCGACACGUACACACACACACACACACACACAUCAGUAAUAUGAUGAAUAGAUGUGUCUAACUAUGGGCAUAUAAAUUGGCCUGGUUUCCCUAUUAUAUCUAAUGGAUUAGUUCAUCCUUGGGCACAGCUUUCAAAUGCUUUAGGGAAACCUGACUCUGCUCUGUCCAUUAAGACAAACUGUUCAGGGCUUUGGAGGAUCCACUCUAAAUGUUUUGUGACUUCUAGUAACUCAAUGGUGUUUUCCUGUUGAAAAGACCUGAUGUAAUCUUUAGCUAUUUUAAUGACAGAAAAUACAUUUUAGGAUUUCCUUGGUCAGUGGGAUAUUAUUUGGCUGGCUUUGUACAUACUGUGUUGAUUAUUAAAGGAAACCAGAAAAUGA